CCACGGCCGCGGCGCCGGGCGGGCAUCCCCGCCGCCCUCGCCGCGCUCCUCUCGACUCCACUCGCUCAGGUCCCGGAGCUCGGCGGGCGCUGGGCGCGGCGGGGCCGGCGAGAUGCGGCAGCUGUGCCGUGGCCGCGUGCUGGGCAUCUCGGUGGCCAUCGCGCACGGAGUCUUCUCUGGCUCCCUCAACAUCCUGCUCAAGUUCCUCAUCAGCCGCUACCAGUUCUCCUUCUUGACCCUGGUGCAGUGCUUGACCAGCUCCACGGCGGCGCUGAGCCUGGAGCUGCUGCGGCGCCUCGGGCUCAUCGCCGUGCCCCCCUUCGGCCUGAGCUUGGCGCGCUCCUUCGCGGGGGUCGCGGUGCUCUCCACGCUGCAAUCGAGCCUCACGCUUUGGUCCCUGCGCGGUCUCAGCCUGCCCAUGUACGUGGUCUUCAAGCGCUGCCUGCCCCUGGUCACCAUGCUCAUCGGCGUCCUGGUCCUCAGGAACGGCGUGCCCUCUCCAGGGGUGCUGGCGGCCGUGCUCAUCACCACCUGCGGCGCGGCCCUGGCAGGAGCCGGCGACCUGACGGGCGACCCCAUCGGGUAUGUCACUGGCAUACUGGCGGUGCUGGUGCACGCUGCCUACCUGGUUCUCAUCCAGAAGGCGAGCGCUGACACGGAGCACGGGCCACUCACUGCGCAGUACGUCAUCGCCAUCUCUGCCACCCCGCUACUGGUCAUCUGCUCCUUCGCCAGCACCGACUCCAUCCACGCCUGGUCCUUUCCAGGCUGGAAGGACCCGACCAUGGUCUGCAUCUUUGUGGCCUGCAUCCUCAUCGGCUGCGCCAUGAAUUUCACCACACUGCAUUGCACCUACAUCAACUCGGCCGUGACCACCAGCUUCGUGGGCGUGGUGAAGAGCAUCGCCACCAUCACGGUGGGCAUGGUAGCCUUCAACGACGUGGAGCCCACUUCUCUGUUCAUUGCUGGAGUCGUGGUGAACACCCUGGGCUCCAUCAUUUAUUGCGUGGCCAAAUUCUUGGAGACCAGAAAGCAAAGCCACUAUGAGGACUUGGAGGCACAGCCGGAGGGAGAGGAGGUGCAGCCAAGUGGAGACCAGCUGCCAUUCGUUAUGGAGGAGCUGCCAGGAGAGGGUGGAAAUGGCGGGGCAGUAGGUGGCGAAGCAGCAGGUGACUGCUUGCAGCAGGGUGGGCAAGGGGCCAGCGGCAGCCCCCGAGGGGUCCCGCUGGUGGCCAGGAGCAGCAGGCAGACAUCAGGGCUCUCUGAAGAAGGGAGCAAGAGGUCCCUGAAGGAUGCUUAUCUGGAGGUGUGGAGGUUAGUUAGGGGCACCAGGUAUAUGAAGAAAGACUAUCUGAUAGAAAACGAGGAGUUAGCCAGCCCCUGAUACAUUGUAUGUGCACUUGUUUUUACAGGUUGAAAACAAUCACAUGGUAAUGAGAGGCCUCCUGGCUGCUCUUUGAGAGGUGGGGAAGGGAAGCUAGUGAAAUUAACAGCUGUGUGGUCUAUUCAAAGGCUGCUGGGCCUGAGGCCUUACAGAGAGGGGAGUGGGGAGGAUGGGAAGGGAUGUCCCUAAGUCAGGCAGUGGUUCUGGCUUCAGAGACUCCUGACCCACUUAUUUAUUUAUUUAUUUAGUUUGCCAUUAUAGCCAUAGCUGAGUAUCUGCAUGUACCAAGAGCCCAUCAGCUGCCCUCUCCACAGACUGAGUGUAGGAAUGACUGCUUUGAAGUUUGAGGAUGACAUCCCAGGCUGCAGGUUUUGAGGACAGACCUACUGGUUGUACUGCCAGCUGGGCACAGAGUAUACUGUUGAAAUGACAAGUAUAACUGUGCUGAAUUGAUGUUUACUACCUACAGUCAUCUGAAAUAUUGUGUUUACUCUCACUUUCCUUCACUUGUUUCUCAGAGUAAGUGUUCUGUUACGUUAUGGUAGCAAAGUAUUGAAGCUAUUUUGAAAGCGUGAGUUUUUAGCUUUCCUGAAGUUUGCUUUUAGUAGUUAGAAAAAAAAAACAUUUUAAAAGUUGUUUUGGGUUUGUUGCUUUAUGCUAUUUGUUGUUGAAUGGCGUAACCUUUUUCAAAAGCCAGUUUUACUGUGCAAUAUUCCUUCAUGUAAAUGCAAGAGCUGAACUAUCAUUCAGUAAUAACUGAAGCUCAGCUGGAAGAGUCUCCC